AUGAAACACAGAUUAAGAAAACCAUUUCCAAUCUUCCAUUUCUUUCUCAGAUAUUACUCUGUUUUUGUGGAAGAGCAUCCUUCUUCUUUUCUAUUUUCUUUUUUUUUAUCUUUUUCUGCUUACUUCUCUCUUUUCUGUGUUAAGUUAGUGUCUUCUCUUUCUCCAUAUUUUCCCAUUUCUUCUUUUUUUUUCUUUUGCGAUGUAUUUCUUAUUUCACUCUUUUUUCUUCCUUGCUCAGACAUGAUCUUGAAUGAAGAUUCUAUAUCUAUCUGUCUCUCUCUCUCUCUCUCUCUCUCUCUCUCUCUACCUUACUAUCUAUCUAUUUUUCUAUCUAUCUUUAUAUUGACUUUAGAGGAAGAACAUAUCAAAGAUAAAGACUUGAAGAAAAACACAAGUAAUUCUUAUUUAGCCACAUCCAACUAUCUAUCUAUCUAUCUAUCUAUCUAUCUAUCUAUCUAUCUAUAA